AUGUUUUACCAGGGGAGCCUGCAGGAAGGCAUUUCCACCGCCGUCGGGCAACAGAAGUUGGUGCUGUGUUUCGUCACUAAUGAAAACGACGAGAGCAAGACAUGGGAGAAUGAAUAUCUGCAAGACAGCUCGCUGUCAAAGCUGAUUGAGACGCAAGCUGUCGCCCUGCGACUCCUCGCAGACUCGGACGAAGCUGGCUACCUCUCGCAAAUCUUCCCGCUGCCCAAGACACCGACCGUCGUCAUCAUGAAGCACGGCGAGCUGAAAGAAUACAUCGCCGCCGGCACUAGCAAAGAAGACUUCAUCCGCCGAGUCCUCGUCGCCUUCAACGCCGCUCCGCCAGCGCCAGCGCCAGCGUCAUCGCUGCCUUCGCCCGCUGCCUCGCCGACCUCUUCACCGACAAGACUGUCUGCCCCUGUACCAGCCCCCGCCCCAGCGUCGCACUCAACCUCAAAUUCACCUUCGCCGUCUCCGUCGCCCUCGUCCCAGGCCCAGAUCCCACCCACGACAGCACAAGCCGCCGCGCAGUCAGAAAUUGUCAGCCGCAUCCUCGCCGAGCGGGCCGCCAAGCUCCAGGCGCAAAAGGAAGAGGCCGAGCGGAGAGCCAAAGAGGAGCGCAUCAAGGCGCAGGAAAAGGCCAAGGCUGAGGCCCAGGCGGGGGCAGACACAAGUAGCGCCAGAGUACACAAACAAGCCGAGGAGCUCAAGAAGAAGCGACAGGCAGAACAAGAGGAGCGCCGGAGAAUCCUGAAGCGGAUCGAAGAUGACCGAGAAGAGAGACGAAUGCGGGCAGAGGCAAAGGAGAAGCAGAAGAUUGACAAUCAAAAGAUUGGCGAUGUGGCUGCCUCCCUGGUCAAUUCCAAGCAGAGCAAGCUGCCCUCUACAACCAAGGUGUCUGAGAUGGCAUCAAUACAAGUGCGGUUGUUCGACGGCUCAACCAUACGGUCCCGAUUCAAGACGGCUUCUCCUCUAAAGGAAGUGAGGCGGUGGGUCGAUCAGAACAAGGGAGAGAACAAGGCCCCUUACACAUUCAAGCAAGUCUUGACGCCGGCUCCCAACAAGAACAUUGAUUCGACAGAGGAGCAUAAAUCUCUCGGCGAACUUGGUCUCGUCCCAUCUUCCACAAUGGUCUUGAUCCCCGUCCAAAACUAUUCCACCGCCUACCCCGGAGAGAAACUGCAAGAUUCCGUCUUCUCGAGGUUUCUGCGGACGAUUCUGGGCUUCUUUGUAUGGAUCUUGAGCUUGCGGGAACGAGGAUCGGAUGCGACGGCGCGAGCGGCCUCUGAAGAGAGACGUCGUCGUGUUCGGGGAUUACAGAAUCUGGCGGACCGACAGCGCGAUCACCAGCUUUACAAUGGAAAUUCGUUGAACUUUGAGCCGCGGCCAGACGAAGACGAUUCAUGA